ACUAGGCUGUCGGACACGAGGAAAAUAUUUGCAAACCAGAAUCUAAUAAUAUUGUGGAGGGUCACUAGAGAACAAUUGUAAACAAACGAGGCGUGAAAUGUAAAUGCUCUAUCUGCUGGAAUCGGUAUAGUUUGCCGGUGGAUUAGUUUGCCCAAACAGCGCGAUAUGCUAUUUUGUCAUUUUUUUACUACAGAAGUGGAGUAAAUUAUUUAUUUAGUUUAUGCUUGCGAAUGGAGGGUCCGUAUUCUAGUGUAGAAAAUCUGGAAGAUUUGCAAUAUGACGAACUCCAGGACCAUGAAAACGAAAAAUGCGGAUGUGAAAUACGCUGUGGAUAUAUUCAGACAAAAAGAUACACCUUCAAAUACUUUGAAUCGCUUAACAACCCAAAAGGAGCGUUGCUGUUCUUUUCGAUCGCUUCAUUUCUGCAAGGUGCUGUUGUUAGUGGGCUUUAUAAUAUCAAUGUCAGUACGCUAGAAAAGAGAUUCGCAUUGAGAAGUUCUGAAACCGGGUUUUUAUCAAGUGCUUACGAAAUUGCAGGAUGUCUGGCUUUACCAGUAUUCAGUUAUAUUGGUGGAUCCGGUCAUAAGCCCACGUGGAUUGGAAGCGGAAUAUUUAUUAUGGGUCUAGGUUCGUUGAUUUUCAGCUUACCUCAUUUUCUUGCAUCAACAUACUCAAUUGAAGGAGUGACAGCAAUAGACUGCGCUACUCAACCAACGUGUGGAAAUUUGAGUAUGCGUGUAUACAGGGGAUAUUUUAUUGUUGGACAGAUGUUAAUGGGAAUAGGAUCAACCCCAUUAUAUACACUCGCGUUGUCAUAUCUGGAUGAAAAUGUUGAACAAGUCCAUUCAUCUACAUAUCACGGUAUAUUUUAUGCAUCAUCUCUCUUGGGACCAGGUAUCGGAUAUAUUGUAGGAGGAUAUUUGCUCACACACUUUACUACAUUAGAAAAUCCCGUUGGCGUCUCACCAGAAAGUUCAUCGUGGAUCGGAAACUGGUGGCUUGGGUUUUUAGUUGUUGGCAUCUUGUAUUUUAUCCUCUGUAUUCCAAUCUUCCUGUUUCCCGAAAGAAUGCCUGGUUCAGAUAAAGUUCGAGUUGAUAGGGAAAACGAAAUGCAUCAACAUAACGAUGCAUUAAAAAUCAAGAACGAUAGUAAUUUUGGUAAAAGCCUCAAAGAUAUCCCAAAAAGUCUUUUGUCAUUGUUAAAAAAUUCCACCUUAAUGUUAAUUUCUUUCGCAAAUGCAUUGGACUCGGGAAUGAUAAUUGGUAUUGCAACGUUUGGUCCGAAAUAUAUCGAGUCAAUGUUUAAUAUAUCAGCAUCUACAGCUGCGUUUUAUUUUGGCGUUUUAGCAAUCACGACUGCAAGUUCAGCACAUGUUAUCAGUGGAUGUCUCAUCAGUAAACUGAAGUUAUCUGUGAAACAAAUGUUGAGAAUGAGUGUUGUUUGUGCAAUAACAGCUUUCGCGUGCCUGUUCAUAUUUUUAUAUCGCUGCGACAACACAGACGUCGCCGGGGUAACAGUUCCAUAUCCCGGGGAAUUGAGCGUCGAAUGUAAGCAGACGGAAUGUGGAGGUAGCACCCAGUUAUACAGACCUGUCUGUGGAUAUGAUAACUUAACGUAUUUGUCACACUGCGAUGCGGGUUGUACGGUCGUAGAUACAAAGAACUUCACAAAUUGCACGAAGAUGCGAAAUAUCUCAAAAGUUACUGAAACAUCUCCCGAUUUAAAUAUGUUUACGGCACAAAUGGGACCGUGCCAGCAUAACACUUGUGAUAAAUUUAAUAUAUCUUUGGUCUUUAUGGGACUUGCAGUUUUCUUCACUUUUAUGAAAGGGCAAACUACGCUACAGAGUUCCAUCAGAAUCGUACCAUUUUCACAACGAACCAUAACACUCGGUGUUCAGUGGCUAAUUAUUCGUCUUGUUGGUAGUACACCAAUGCCAAUUAUAUACGGAAAAGUUCUUGAUAUAUCAUGCAUAAUGUGGGGCGUUGUGUGUGGAGAGUGCGGAUCAUGUCAUAUAUAUGAUAACCAUACCAUGUCUACCUAUAUUUCGUUGCUCAAUUUAUCUUUAAAAGGUGUCAACAUCUGCCUCUUAAUAGCAGUUUAUUUUUCGUACAAUCCUCCAACAGAAAAUCAAUCUUAUUUAUUGAUGGACAAUGAAGAAAUAAAUGAACCUGAAAGAACAAUUCAUAUGAACCAAAUUUUGAAUCCUGUUAUAUAAUUCUUUUGUCAUAGGAACCUCAUUUCAACAGACACAAAUAUUUUCAAAUUUGAUAUUUUACGUCAAACCUAGCGCGAUUUAAAAGUAGAGAAGAAUGCCUUCUUUUUUUAACCAAAUAGUCAAGCUUAUGUUUGUAAGAAAUCAUUUCUAUAAAUAAUUAUUAAAAGAUGGGAGGACAUAUUGAAAGAUGUGGUUUUGCGUCAUCAAAGCUCACAUAUUGUUUUACUCACUGAUACAUGGUUGAUAGAAAUAUCAACGAUCCGCCCUGCUAUAUUUAA